AUGAACAUGCCACUGCAUCAAAUCUCUGUCAUUCCAGCUCAGGAUGUUGCCUCCUCCAGAGCCUCCAGGAGCAAGACCAAAGAAAAAGAGGAACAGAAUGAGAAGGCUUUGGGGCAUUCCGUGAGCCGCUCUAGUAACAUCUCAAAGGCUGGAAGUCCAACCUCUAUUUCUGCCCCUCAUAGCUUCUCUCAGACUUCUGUUACACCAUCCAACCAGGACAUCUGCAGUUCCAGUGCAGUGUUUUCUGAGUGUUGUCAUCACAGUCCAGUGCAGUCUGCUGUUGUCUUGAAAAAUCCUCACUGCCAGAGCCCUCUGACACAAGGGGUCACUGUGACAGUAAUCUGUCAGGACACAUUACAUGCAGCAAAGAGAAACUCCUGUGGGCAGGAUCGGGGCCAGGCACUCAGGCCUGCUAAGAAUGUAAAGCCCACCCGCACUCUGAAAUUCUCCAAGUCCCUCAAUGACGUGGACCAGAAGGCUCAGAGCACCAGUGAGUGCUUUGACUAUGUGGAGCGAACACGCUCAGAAGGCAAAUUGACCCCAACUCAAGAGCAGUGUUUAAGGAUUAACAAAUUUCAUCUUAACGAGAGGAAACUGCUGAAUCUCAGGCCUCUUUCUUUUACUAAUUCUAAGCGCUCCUGUAUCGCUUCCCUUUCCAACUACUCAAGUGCAUCAGGAGGAGCAGAGAACCACAGCGCUGUACAUAUCCCCUUGCUAGAGGACAAAGUGGACCAUGACACCUCAAGGAGCAAAAAACUGUUGCGUUACCUUUUUUCCUUCUCCCACACCUCCAGCACCAGCAGCCUGCAUAAGUUCCACGAACUGGAGAACUAUUCCAGUCACUUCCAAGCUGAUAAAUCCUCCAGCGUGCUGGUGGAAAGCACAGACUUCUGCUCUGAUGAUAUGGGAGAUGAUGACGUCUUUGAGGACAGCACCUCAGUGAAAUUGAAAACAAAAGAGCAGCGGGCGCCUCUCUGUUCAGUUGAGAAGGAUAGUGACCUUGACUGCCCUUCCCCCCUCUCAGAAAAAUUCCCCCCUCUCUCCCCUGUGUCCACAUCGGGGGAUACCUGCAGGAUAUGUCACUGUGAAGGAGAUGAUGAGAGCCCUUUGAUUACACCCUGUCACUGCACGGGAAGUCUUCAUUUUGUGCACCAAGCCUGCCUGCAGCAAUGGAUCAAGAGCUCAGAUACGCGAUGCUGUGAAUUGUGCAAGUAUGAGUUCAUCAUGGAGACAAAACUGAAGCCUUUGAGAAAGUGGGAGAAGCUGCAGAUGACAGCCAGUGAGAGGAGGAAGAUCAUGUGCUCUGUAACAUUCCAUAUCAUUGCCAUCACCUGCGUUGUGUGGUCUCUCUAUGUCCUGAUAGACAGGACCGCUGAAGAGAUUAAACAGGGACAGACUACUGGGAUUCUAGAGUGGCCAUUUUGGACUAAGCUGGUGGUUGUGGCUAUUGGUUUCACUGGAGGACUUCUUUUCAUGUAUGUACAAUGCAAAGUGUACGUACAGCUAUGGAAGAGACUUAAAGCUUAUAACCGAGUAAUAUAUGUACAAAACUGCCCAGAAACUAGCAAAAAGAAUAUUUUUGAAAAACCUGCACUAAUGGAGCCAAACUUUGAAAGUAAAGAAAUGCUUGGAGUUCACCAUUCAGAUACAAACUCUUCACAUUACACAGAGCCAGAAGACUGUGCUGCAGAAAUCCUUCACGUCUGAUUGCUGGGUGGGAGGGGUGUUUCUGUAUGUUCUUGAAGAUUUAAAAUAUCAUUGUUUACUGCAAACUGCUCUACCUUUUUAAAAUCAGCUAACAGCUGAGGGCUGGUGGAUGAGGUUUUUUUACAUUUGUUUUUUGUUGGAAUAUUUUUAAAUCCCUUUGGCAUAUCUGUCAAUGUGAUCAUGGUUGCAUACCUCUCAACAUUUUGUCUCUCAUACUGUCUGAUCAGAGCCAGAGGAUACUGGGUAGAAUGAGCAUUGGGUUGGUAUCAAGCAAGCAACUACUAAGGUGUCUUCAACUUCAUGGAGUCUGUUACUUUAGAAGAUGACUCUAAAUGAUUCUGGAAUAUGUGUAGAGUGGGGU